GUUUGGUUCUGCAGAACGCAUGAGAGAAACGGAAGGAAAACAAGAGAAGAGUACCAAAAUGGAAAUUGACCAAGAAGGUAGCAGAAUCAACAGUUUACCAGACUCUCUUCUUCUUCACAUUCUAUCAUUUCUGGAAAUGAAAUAUGUCAUGAGAACCAGUGUUGUAUCGAAGAGAUGGAAGGAUCUCUGGGCCUCUGUCCCCAAUCUCAUUUUCUCUCUAUCCAAAUCUGAUGUAAGAUCGGAACCUCUUCUCCGUAAGUUCAUGGAUUUCGUCGAUAGAGUGCUUCUUCUUCGCGAUUCAACAACUAUUCAAAAGUUCAGCCUGGCUCAUAGACGGGAAUGGUGGGAGCGACCUUUCAAUUUGAACCAUAUUAAUUCAUGGGUAUGUACUGUAACCAAAUGUAAUGUCGAACAUCAUAUAGUCGAUGUUUAUUUGGCAGAUUAUGAGCUUUUUAACGUUCCUUCAAGCCUCUUUACUUGCAAAUCGCUUGUCGAACUGUGCCUCGCAGACCAAGUUUUUAUAGAUUUUCCGAGCUCUAUUUAUCUUCCAAAUCUCAAGACUCUAAAAUUUUCUAUGAUUGGUCUCGGAGAUGGCCUAAAUCAGAGACUUUUUUCUGGCUUACCCAGGUUGGAGAAUUUGAGUAUACAUGUACAUUCGUUUUCAGAUGAGGAUAUGGAUAUAUUAAUUGAUAUCUUUGCCCCAAAAUUGAGAGAAGUUCGAAUGUUUUUGAUUGCGGGUAAGGCUGAUUAUUAUCCCAAUGUCCAUAAUGUCAAGGUUUUGAUAGACUCACCUAUGCUGGAGUACCUUCUUAUUGAUGAUAUAUGUGAUGCACUGUAUUCGAUAAAGAACAAAUCGUCCUCUCUAGUUAAAGCACAGAUUGAGGUUGGGCCAGACUUUUCCCUAGAUGCCGGUCGUGUGCUUGAGACAUUUAAAGGAGUAUCUCAGGUUAAGCAUAUGGAGUUAUUUGGUUCAACUAUGAGGGCUCUUGGCAGCGUUGACGGUAAUGCUCUGUUUACAUUUCGCAAUUUGACGCAUUUGGGGUUGAGUUAUGAUAAUUUAUUGAAGUUGCCUGAAGCACUUCAGAGAAUGCCUAUACUUGAGUCUUUGGAUGUGUGUAACUGGACAGGAAAGGAAGAUCGUUCGGAAGUUGAAGAUAUUGACUUGAGUGACGAUGAUGAUUUGAGUGGGGAGUUCAACUGGCUGCAGUCAGAGAUAGUGCCUAGUUGCUUGGUAACACACUUGAGAGUAGUUAGAUUUGAUACAUUUGAGGGAAAGAAUGAUGUGCAGCUGGUGAAGUAUUUGCUGAAGAACUCCAAAGUGUUGGGUAAGAUGACAAUUAGUCUUCCCUGUUAUUUAUCGGGCGAGAAGAAAAAAUUUCAUGAGAAAAUUCUCAAAUUUCCUACGGGUUCAAAGACAUGUCAAGUUCAAUUUUCCUAAUUUGUUUUUUUAUACGUAUCAACUUGGUUUUGAUGCCUUUUUGACUUAUGUAUGAAUAAUCUAAUUGAUACUUGAAAGAAC